GGGGCGAGGAUAAAAUUUCUCGUAGUCUACGCAGUGCGAUGUGUACGACAAGACGAGACCGGAUGGAGGCUUGCAAUCCAUUUUGCGAAUACGUCUGUAGGCAGAACUCCGUUAAUCGAUACCAAAGAGGAUAAAUUCUCAUUUUCUUCGGAAAAUCCAGUCGCCUGUUAUCGAAACUCUGUCGCAGCGCGAACCAAGUGACCACGGUGGCGCCCUCUUCCCUUAAAAUUGUGCAUCACCGUAGAGACCCGCGUUCAGCUUCGAACGCGACGGAGCUCGUUCCUCCUUGCAAUAAAUUAUUUUCACUCUAAGAUUACGAACAAUCGCGGUUUAAAUUAAAUUCACACUUUUAUUUUCAUUAUAAAAUGAGAUACAUCGCAGCCCUUGACGUUGGAACUACGACCGUACGGUGCUACAUUAUCGACGAGAAUAUCACCACUGUUGCUUGUGCUACGGAAAAGGUGGAACUGAUCUACCCGAAGCCCGGUUACGUCGAGAUUGAUCCCGAUCAACUAUGGAGCUCGAUCCUCAAAGUUAUGAAGAACGCGAUCCAUCAAAGUGGCAUCGAUCCAGCCUGCGUAUCGUCGCUCGGCAUUUCGACGCAGCGGAGCAGUUUCACCUCCUGGAAUUACGAGACUGGCAAACACUAUCACAGAUUCAUAACGUGGAAAGAUUUGCGAGCAGACUCGAUGGUGAAGGAAUGGAAUUCCUCGGUGACGAUGAAAGGUCUCAGAAUGGGAGCUCAUCUUUUGUACACCAUAACACGAAGUAAACGUUUUUUAGCCGGGAGCGUAUUGAAACUGAUGAAUACACAGAUGACUCUACGAUUGAGUUGGGCCUUGCAAAACGUGCCAGGACUCCGGGAAGCUGCGACGAGUGGUGAAGCUGUGUUUGGGGGUGUCGACUGUUGGCUACUUUACAAACUAACAGGGCAGCAUGUAACCGACGUAUCGAGUGCAUCAGCGACUGGGCUUUUUGAUCCGUUCACAAUGUCGUGGGCCUCGUGGGCGAUGGAUCUUUUCAAACUGCCGCCAAACAUAUUUCCCCAGGUCGUCGACACGGCCGGUAACUUCGGUUACACCCCGAAGUACAUUUUCGGCGCCGAAGUGCCAAUCUCUUGUUCCAUGGCUGACCAAGCGGCGUCGUUGUUUGGUUCGGGGUGCUUCCGGCCUGGUGAUCUCAAGGUCACAAUGGGCACUGGAACCUUCGUCGAUGUCAAUACAGGAAAAGAACCCCACGCAUCUGUAGCCGGCUUGUACCCAUUAGUAGCUUGGAAAGUCGGUAAAGAACUCGUCUACAUGGUGGAAGGUGCUUCAAACGACACGGGGACACUCAUCGAGUGGACAAAAUCGCUGGGCUUCAUAAAAGAACUCGACGAAUUAACGGAGAUGGCUGAAUCCGUAGAAAAUGCUGAUGGAGUUUAUUUCGUGCCUGCUUUCAGUGGAUUACAAGCGCCAAUAAACGAUCAAACUGCUGCAGCAGGAUUUUUGGGCGUAAAACCAACUUCCGGACGCGCCCACGUGGUCAGAUCAUUGCUGGAGAGUUUAGUUUUUCGGGUACUGAUGCUUUACCAGUCACUGUGUUCCGAGACGCGUAAAAAUUAUCAGAAAAUAAGCGUCGACGGUGGCGUCUCGCGGAACAAUUUCGUAAUGCAAUUAUUAGCAGAUUUAACCGGAUUGGAAGUGGAACGAUCGACGAGCAGCGAAAUGGCAAUUUUGGGAGUAACGUUUCUCGCCGGACUUCAAUGUGGAAUAUGGAAGUCGAAAGAAGAAUUGUUGGCUUAUCGAAGUAUCGAGACGAUUUUCAAACCCGAUCGAACGAGGUGUUCGAAUUAUCAGCCUGUCUUUGAACAAUGGAAGCGAGCAGUCGAUCGAUUCAAAGAAUGGUACUAACGAAAUAACGAAAACAAGCGAGAAAGAUAAAAGAGAACAAGGGCAAUUGUGAUCAAAAUAUUGAAAAUUAUCAUUCCACACAACGUACCUGAACAACAACGGACCAGGAACGAGACUGAUUUAUUAUUUCGGUUUAAGUAAAUCAUGCCUUUUCGCAAAGAAUAUAUACGAGCUAAGCAAUGGCUUUGAAGGUUUAUAGUUUUUUUGGUCGAGCAACGAGUGUACGACAAAGAUCAGAAUCAUUUUCGGUUGUUGAAAAAAAUGUUUGAAAGAUUUUUUUUUUUCUCGACAAGUGCAACUGUCUUGUAAAAUAAUUCGAUUGGAAAAUAUUUUUUCUAAUAUUUCGUACGCAUUUGUAUACACAUAUCAAACAACACCGAAACAAUAGAACUACACUUGAGCUUAGUGUAGUCGAUCAGUCUGAUAAAAAAUGCCAAAAAUUUGAUAAUAUUCUUGUGCCUUAUCGAUUCUAUGAAUUCGACGGUUUCGUUAGAUUUCUAGAUACGUUACAUAUGAGAUUUUAAUAAACAUUGUUAUCUGUGCAAUAUUCUUAGUUAUAAGUGUUGUUGAAUUAAAGGAAACUCGAAGCAAA